AUGACCACACUCAAAUCGUUUCAAGCGGAAAUAGCCCAGAUCUCUACAGAGAAGCAGAAGCUCGCACUGAAAGAAGCCAAGGAGGCGCAUGCAGCUGCAGAGCUUGCUAGGCACCAUGGAAAGAUCAUCAAGAAAGAGGAUCUUGUGCUUUCUGAAGGAGAUGGUGAUCUCCUCCGGAGUAAAAUACAUAAAGCCCUCGCCAAAGGGCAUGGCGAGCUCCUACUUCCACUUGGCGCACAUCCUUCUCCGAUACAUACCUACAAUCCUCCAGAACCCCCAAUCACUCCAAUACCCAAUGAAGGUACCCCACUCUCCGUUCAAAAGCUCAACCAGAUCCUAGAGAGAUUACGAACUAUUUGCUCUUCACUCAAUACCGAGCUAAAUGAAAUGUAUAGAGUGGAGGGGACAGAAGGACCUUUUGGCGUUUGGUUAAUCCGGAAUAAACCUAAGGGAGUCGAGCAAAUAAUGGAAGUUCGAGUAGCGGUGGUGGGAAAUGUUGAUGCUGGAAAGUCCACGACACUAGGAGUGUUGACUAGGGGAUCAUUGGAUGAUGGGAGAGGUAAAGCUCGAGUGGCUCUAUUCAGACAUCCUCAUGAGAUCGAGACGGGGAGAACAUCUAGUGUAGGAGGUGAGAUCUUAGGGUUUUCACCAACGGGUGAACCGGUCAUACCUUCUGCUCAUGGUGUUGAUGCUUUGGAUCCACAUGGACAUGUAAUGGCAGUGGCCAAAAGGGAGAAAAUGGGCUGGGAGGAGAUAUGUAGUAGAGCAGCAAAGGUCAUAUCUUUCAUCGAUCUCGCAGGACAUGAGAGAUAUUUCAAGACUACCCUGUACGGUCUGAGUGGAUGUGCGCCAGACUACGUCAUGUUGAUGGUCGGAGGAAAUGCAGGGUUGAUAGGAAUGUCCAAAGAACACUUGGGAGUAGCACUUGCUCUCAACGUACCCAUAGCAGUAUGCGUGACUAAGAUCGACAUGACGCCUCCCAAUAUCCUGAAGCAGACCGUCGAUAUGUUGGUCAAAGUCCUCAGAAGUCCUGGGUGCAGGAGAAUACCUAUCUUCGUCAAUACACCUCAACAAGCCGUGGACUGCGCUCGAUUUUUGGGUAAUCCUCUCGGCAGUUCCACUUUGAGGUUCAGAUUAUGUCCCAUCUUCAUGGUCUCAAACGUCACCGGUCACAACCUUCCUAUGCUUCGUACAUUCCUGAACGUUCUGCCUUCAUCUCAGUCAGAUGAUAAAUACGUCGUGGAUGCGCCUUUCGAAUUUGCUAUCUCCGACGUCUUCUCCGUGCCAUUCGUUGGUACCGUCGUAAGCGGGGUGAUUACAGCGGGUACGGUACAUACCAACGACGCCGUGAUGCUUGGUCCGGACUCCGUCGGUCAAUUUGUCCCCACGGCCGUGAAAACUAUCCAGCGUAAACGAGCUUCCGUUGAGAGUGGGGAAGCCGGACAAAGUGUCUCUUUCGCAUUGAAACGGAUCAAACGUGGCCAAGUGAGAAAAGGCAUGGUCCUGAUCGGUCGUACUGAGACGCCUCCAAAGGCGGUCAAGAAAUUCGAAGGGAUGGUGAUGGUAUUGCAUCAUGCCAGUACCAUCCAACCUAAAUAUCAGGCAAUGAUGCAUUGUGGGGCUAUUCGACAAACGGUCAAAAUAUUAUCCCUCGACCAUCCAUCCGGUCUCAUAAGAACAGGCGAUAGAUCAAAGGUCGUUUUCGAAUUCAUCAGUCAUGCCGAGUUCAUCAAAGAGGGUCAACUUAUCCUGUUACGGGAAGCAAAGACGAAAGUGUUGGGAGUGGUGACGCGUAUCUUGGGGUAA